CCAAAUAAUAUCAAAUUAUGACAUAGAAAAGAAAUCAGAGAUCUAAUUGGUAUUUUUAUUUGCAUCCGCAUCCACAGCUGCAAAGCUGCCCAUCCGGUUCUGGCCCGUCUGCCAUGAACUCAAUGGUUGGAGCGGCUAAACCCUUCUUGGUCCCCGACCACCUCCCAUACAUUUGACUUUCGGUCGCAACUUUCUGAAUAAAAAGAAGACCACCCGCGCAUUCUAAACGUGAUAUAGACAUAUCUGCACCAAAAAAUUUGUCAAUUUCAAAAAUGACGGACAGUCCCAAUCACGCGAUCGUAUACGGCGCAUCGGGGUUGAAUGGCUGGGCGUUGAUAAACCAGCUCUUGGCUCCGUACCCUUCGGUUCACUCGUUCAGAAAAGUCACAGCUUUCACGAACCGGCCUUUGGAUCUCUCGGAGACAUAUUUGCCAGAGCCGGAGUCGCAUCGGCCGCAUCUACAGCUGGUCUCGGGUGUUGAUCUUUGUGGGUGGGAUGGGCCUACCUUGGUGAGACAUUUGAAGGAGGAGGUUGAAGAUAUCGAGGGCGUGACUCAUGUUUAUUAUCUGGUGUUCACCGCCAUGGAUGACGAUCUAGAAGAGGUCGCGACCAAUCGACGUAUGCUGCAGAAUGUCAUCGAUGCUCAUAAUCAGAUCAGUCCGAGGCUGCAAUUCGUGGCUUUUGUUGGCGGAACACGGGGAUACGGCAUCUAUUCCCCCGGGGGAACAUUCACUCCACCCUUGCACGAAGACAUGGUUAAUGAUCUCCCAUCUGACUACGCGAAGACGGUCGUUUAUCCAGAGUACCGUGAGAUUCUGAAAACAUCCAGCAAGGACAAGAAAUGGACGUGGUGCGAAGUGUGUCCGGAUGCAAUAGUCGGAUUCACACCCAACGGUUCCCAAUUCAGCCUAGCCCUGCAUUGGGCACAGUAUUUAUCACUUUAUGCCUACAACAAUGGUAUUGGACCACAUACCCAGGCAAAAGGAGAAAACAACCCCGUCGACAUCCCAUUUCCCGGCUCCACAGCCGGCGCUACAUCGUUAUUCAGCCCCGUAUCAAGUAAUCGACUAGCACGGUUCAUGAUCUAUGCUUCGCUACAUCCGGAGACAUGUGGAGGUGGUCGACUGUUUAAUGUCGCCGAUCAAGAAACACCAUGCACCUAUGGGUCACUGUGGCCUCGGCUGGCGAGCUGGUUUGGUCUGAUCGGCGUGGGACCUGCCGAGACUGCUCAGGAAACCGAGCACAACACAUUGAAAGUUGGGGAAGUUCCUGAGCGAACUUCUUCGCUAGCGCCAGGGGAGUAUAUAGCUAAGUAUCGGGACAUUUUUGCAAAGUAUGGGUGUCCGAAGGCUAUCACUGGAGGGGUGGGAGCCGGGAACCGCCAGUUGGAUAGCGUGGGGUAUUGGUUGACUUUCGAUCGGCAGAUGAGUUUGAAGAGGCUGAAGGAAACGGGUUUUGAGGCGGAUAGGGAUCCAGUGGGGGGCUGGUUGGAGAGUUUUGCGAUGUUUAGGAAGGCGGGAUUGAUUCUUUAACUGCUAACCGUUGUGUGGGGGCUCUGUGUUUAUCUGGUGAUGCGCUGGGAGAUUGUAUAGUGCUAUUAACAGUGAAUAAAUUGAGUAAAUCG